UACCUGGCUGGUGUUGAACAUGAUGCAUGUUGUGGCUCUCAGCGACUGCUAACCUGUUGUCACGAAAGCGUGGGAACACUCAGCGCAACUGCCACAGAAAUACCAAGCAGAAUGGCCACCCAAAUCCCCGUGGAAACGGCUCCGGACAGACCGAACAACGGCUUCACAAUCACGCAGGUGACUGUUGCCGACGGCCCAGCCCUCGCGGCGACCAACAUCCCCGCAUUCUGGGCGGACCCUCACUGGCGGCUUGACUGGCGCCACCGCACGCUCGAGUAUCAUAUCUCGCAAGUCGCCCUCCGGUACCCGCGCACCCUGCUGCGGAACCGGACGACGGCGCGGCACCAGAAGGCCGUCGACACCGCCACGGGCGAGAUCCUGGGCUACGCCCGGUGGACGAUUCCCGAGCCCUACGCCACGGUCAACACUGCUGGAGAUCAUCAGGGUGACGGGUCUCCCGCGUGGCCCGAGGCUCAAGUCCCAGCCGUGUCGGCUGAGGAGGAGGCCGAAAUAUCGCGCGUGGCAGACACGGCCGUGUGGGACCCCGACAGCACCUCGGACCCGCUUCAGGAUGCGAUACGCGAGAUCAAGGAUGAGCUGCUGGCCCGCAAGCCGUAUAUGAGUAGGGUACCCUCGAUCUCAUAUCUGUAUUUUUCUCGGUCAAGAACGCAGACAGGGGAAUUUGUAAUGUCUUUGAGAAAGUACAGAGUGUGCUUACCUUCUAGAACAGUAUUGGAUUACCUUGCGGUUCAUCCGAAGCAUCAGAGGCGAGGCAUAGCCACCGCUCUGGUCCGCAGUGGGAUGCAGCAGGCGGAAAAGCUAGGUCUGGACAUUUUCGUCCACGCCAUGAAACCCGGCGUGCCGGUCUAUCAGCGGCUAGGCUUUCGCUUGGAGCGCGAGCUCACCCAGGAUGACUCGCAGUACGGCGGCCCGGGUCUUUUCACCGAUUAUUUCAUGAUUUACUCGCAGCCUGACUCGCCUGCCAACGGAAACCAAGUUGCCAACUGAUGAUGUAGAGUUUCACUUUUAUAGGUCACCCUGGUAGAUAUGUUGGUUGCCUUAUAAAUGGCAGGGUUGCGCGUCUCAACUGCGUCGAGCUGUGCUCCCCUGGCUCUGGCUAUGUCAGACCUCAGGAUCUACUAAGAACACGGUCUGGUUUUCCCUGUCUUUUCUCCUCACAGUCCUCUCAUUUCCUUCCUUUGUUCAUUCCUUCUCUUCUCCUGCUUCCAGUACUUCUUUCGUUGACUUUCAUGGCAAAUAUGCCUUGGCCCGUUCCCUUGAAAGUCGCAUUGGUCGCAUGAUGGGACCCAGCCACUGAGGCUGGCUCCCGUCGUAGGCCAGGUCAAGGCGUUCAGGCACUAGCAUUCCCUCAGAGACUUGACCAUGUGGAGGUUUCACGGAUAACGUUCCUUUACCGUUGGCACAUCCCGAAAGGAAUCACUGGGCUUUAGCGAUGGAUAAUAAGUGAGCACGCUUUGGUGCAUGGAGGAACCACUUCCCAAGCCAGAACAUGGGGUAGGAUCUCGUCAUAAGUGACACGCUCUGCCAUGCAUAAGGUAUCUUUUAAUUCAGCAACAACGAGAGCUCUGUAUCGAGUUAUCGAUAGACCUCAAACAUCACUG